UUAUAGUAAUGGCCAAAAAGUUUUAUAACAUGGCAUAAGAAAUGUCAGCUUUUUUUUUAAAAAAAGUAUUUAUAUACAUAUAUCUAUAGCACAAAUAUUAUAUGAUCACAUAAUAACAUCACAUCACGGUGAAAACCCAAUUGCUAACUUUAAACAUCUAAAUCUUUAAUUAAAAUCUUUUUUUCAAAAAGAUUUAUACUAAGUUAAAUUAAGUAUUGUUCUUUUAUCGUUCACCAUAUAUUUUUAUAACAGGCGGUUUUGUUUGUUUAAAAAUUUUUACAGAUUAACUUCUUAUUACUAAAUUUUUGAUCUCACUAAUUUUUAUUAUGUUAUAUCGAAUGAAAAUAUUGAACUUUAAUUGAUAUUUACCAUUUAUGGAAGUGCUGGAUGACCACUUUAAAGACGUUCAAAUUUUUACAAAAAAACAAAAGCAAAUGAAUUCUACUGUAAGUUCAACAAUUGGCGAACCAUUUAAAUAUCUCUCAGUUGCUUCUCUUUGCUUGCUUGCAGUGGCUGCCAUCACCAUCAACAUUUUAAGUUUGGUUAUUAUAAAGAAAUCAAAGAAAAUUCUUAGCAGACCAUCAAUACACUUUACUAUCAACUUAUUGAUUGUUGAUUUAUUACAAGGAAUAUUUGUAAUACCAAUCUAUGCUGCUAAAAAAAUAAAUAUUCAAAACAGAUCUUGGGACAAUUUUAUAUGUGAUUCUUUUCGAUUUUCGUACAUGAUAACAUAUUAUAUGUCAAUAUUUUGUGUUUUACUUAUUGGAUUAGAUCGUUAUAUCGCUACUACAUUUAUUUUUAAAUAUAAAGCAUUGGUCAAAGUAAAAUAUGUCAAAAUUAUUGUAAUAGCUCUUUGGGUUUAUGUUGUUGCACUGUGUACAAUUCCAUUUUACUUACCUGAGAUAUCAGCACAAUUGCUUAGUCAAGAUGAAUGUUUUUAUCGCCAGAACACUGUUUGGACAAUAACAAUGCUUGUAAUUAAUUGUUUUGUGCCGUAUAUUUUAAUAUUGUACUUCUAUAAAUAUAUUAUUAAACAUAUUAAAGAUACUGAAAAAGUACCAAUUAAAAAAACAUCUGAUGUAACACAAAAUGUUCUAGCAAUACCACAAAUGAAAGAUAAGUUUAAUGACAUAAACAGUAUAUUAUGUAGCAACCAGAAGAAAACUGAUUACAGUAAAAAUAUUAUAAAAAUUUCCAUUUUGUUAUCAACUUGCUACGCAUUUUUUUGGACACCAUCAAUUGUUUAUUAUAUGCUUAGUAAAUUUUGUAGAGAUAAAUGUUUUUUGAACCUAAAUCCUGUCAGUCAAACUUAUUUAGAAUUUGCAAUAAAGUUUUUAGCGUUUUUAAAUUCGCUUUCAGCUCCAAUUAUCUACUGUUUUACAGACAAAGAAUUUCGAUUACGGUUUAAAUCUUUCAAACACAAAUUUAUUUUAUGA